AUGUCCAAUACCGUCAAAGCGCCCAUCCUCCUGCUACAAGGCCCGCCAGGCACUGGCAAAACAUCCAUCGCGCAAUCACUCGCAAAAGCGCUCGGUCGUAAAUUCCAUCGCAUCUCACUCGGUGGCGUGCGCGAUGAAGCCGAGAUUCGUGGGCACAGGCGGACUUAUGUCGGCGCUAUGCCUGGCUUAAUUGUACAAGCGCUCAAGAAGGUGGGCUGUUGCGAUCCAGUCAUCUUGCUGGAUGAGAUUGACAAGAUGAGCAGUAAUAGCCAUCACGGCGAUCCAUCAGCCGCUAUGCUCGAAGUCUUGGAUCCUGAACAGAAUCACAGCUUUAACGAUCACUACAUGGCAAUUCCUAUUGAUCUGAGCAAAGUUCUUUUCAUUGCUACGGCCAAUUCCCUUGACACGAUUCCAGCGCCACUGCUAGAUCGUAUGGAGACCAUUAGCUUGCCAGGCUACACCUUUUUGGAGAAGAAGUCUAUCGCUGAACGUCAUCUCAUUCCAAAACAAGCCCGUAUGAAUGGAUUGACGCCAGCUCAGAUACGCAUUGCUGAAGAGAUUAUCUUGAAGAUUGCAACAGAGUACACGCGCGAAGCAGGUGUCCGCAACCUUGAACGGGAAAUUGGCGCUAUUUGCCGCUACAAAGCGGUCGAGUUUGCCGAAUCAAAGGAUGAUGACAAGACGUUUGACCCUGUCGUGACCUCUGCAGACGUUGAGAAGAUUUUGGGGCUGCAAAAGUUUGAGGCAGAGCUUGCAGAGACUGUUGUCAAACCUGGUGUUGUCACUGGACUCGCGUACAUGGGCAGUGGUAAUGGUGGGUUGCUCUUUCUCGAAGCCAUUGAGAUGCCCGGUAAGUCAGGUAGCCUGCAGCUCACGGGUAGCCUCGGCGAUGUCAUCAAGGAAAGUGCACACAUCGCUCUUUCCUAUGUACGUGCGAAUGCGUUCAAGAUGGGUAUUCCAGGCGCGACGACGCCAGAGACGGAUAUCAUGAAGAAUCGUGCAGUACACAUUCACGCUCCUGCUGGUGCGACGCCCAAGGAUGGACCCUCUGCCGGUGUAGCAAUGACCUUGGCGCUGACGUCCUUGUUCCUGAAACGUCCGGUUCCGCCUCAUAUCGCCAUGACUGGUGAGAUUACGCUUCGAGGCAAUGUCCUACCUAUUGGUGGAGUCAAGGAGAAGGUUCUUGCAGCACAUCGAGCCGGUAUUAAGACCAUCUUGCUUCCUGCAAAGAACAAGAAGGAUGCUGUUGCAGAUUUGCCGGAGAAUGUUAGGCAGGAUUUGCGCAUUGUAUUUUGCACACACUUUGCCGAUGUGCUUGCAGAGGUAUGGCAAGAGCACAGAGAGUCGUUGACAGUCGUGCCGUCAUUGCUAUGA